GGGGUUUGUUUAUUUGUUUAUCAGUAUGGCCUCACAUUGUUCUAUUUGCAAAAUAAAUUUUACCAAAUAUUACAAUUUAAGAAAGCAUGUUAAAAGGUUACACGCUGAGCAACUUGAUGAAUUAGCACCUCGGAAGGCUGCAAAUGUCACAGAUACGUGCAAUUCCUGCAACAAAACCUUUACAAGGCACUGCAGUUGGGUGUCUCACGUCAGAAAAUUUCAUCCUGGUGAAAUUUAUAACAUAUUGAAAACUAAGACAUAUAAUACAUGUGAUGUAUGCAAUAAGCGCUUUACGCACUUACGAAACCUUAAAAGUCAUUUAAAAACUCAUGGAAGAGUUGAAAGCAACAAAAAAAUUAUUUGCAGUAUAUGUAAAGAUAAUUUUUCACGUAAAAGUGAAUUGUAUUAUCAUUUAAAGGAAAAACACGAUGUCAUCGUCACUUUCGAGGAUUUAGUAUUUAAUGAUGCCAAUGAAUUUUUACAAUGGAAAUUAAAAAUUGAAACUGAAACUCAGUCGAAAUUUACUAAUAUCCGUGGAUCUAAAUCAAUAAAUAAUUGGAUGAAAACUAUCUAUAGAUGUCAUCGCUCUGGUUUUUAUGCGCCUAAGGGAGAAGGUAAAAGGCAUCUGAAAACUAUAGGGAGCAAGAAAAUUAAUGGAAUGUGUCCUGCAGAGAUGACUGUCAUGGUACUGGAAGACGGUACAUAUCAAGUUAAAUUUAUCAUGACUCAUGUAGGGCACAGUGCCGAUCUAAGGCAUUUGCAGAUUUCAGAGUCGGAAAAAAAGAGGCUUGCAGAAAAAAUAGUUGCAAAGGUUCCAUUUUCGGAAAUUCUCAACGAAGCUAAACGUUCGUCAGGUGCAAGUAAACUCGAGCGGACUCAUCUUUUAACAAGAAAAGAUUUGCACAAUAUUAAGCAAUCCUUCAAGUUAAAGAGUGAAUUCGUUCGACAUGCAAACGACGCGAUAAGCGUCGAGGUAUGUGUAAAACAAAUGGAGGAUACUGAGGAGAGUAAUAAUUCGAUCCAUACUGAAAUUAACAGUGUAUCUAAGAAUCAAGAUAAAAGUGGGAAUAUUUUGGUCAUCGAUGAUUCUUCAGGGUUAAAGGCGGAGGAAGAAUCCAUACUUCUUGGAGUUUUGUCGAAAAAGAAAAAUGUAAAAUCGUUGAACGAUGAGAAAGAAAAAGUAAUGUUUGACCUGUUUCAACUUGUGGAUGAAAUCCAAACUAUUGAACAAUUGGAAGUGUUGAAGAAGUUUAUGGCUUCAGUUCGACCAACAUUAGCAGCUCUUGAGAGCUUGAAAGAGACGAAUGUGAAUCCUACCACCUUUUUCGUUCCCUGAAACAAGAAAAAGUAUGAGCAGCGAAAACUGUAUAGAGCUAAAAGGACAAGCGUCAAGAAGGACAAAAUAUAAAAUGUUCUACGUCUCAUGCCCAAGAGACUAACAAUAUUACAAUUAAUUUUUAAAAACGCAUUAAAAUUGAUUAUAUGUGAUAUUGUGCAAUUUGUAUUUAUUUAAAGUAUGAAGCGUUA